UGGAUAACACCAUCUUUGUUUUAAACCAUGCAAAACACUUCAUGUACCUGUGUGCUUAUCUAUCCGACGCUUGUGAAGAGUGUCGUAUGUCAGCUGGAGAUCAGGUUCCUGCAGAGUCACCCGACACCCCUGAAAGACAACUUUCUGCCCCGAGUGAGUCAGGUGACCCAAGCGGUUCGGAUACAGUCGCACGCCGACAUCCCGUCUGCCUCCAGUGUGGCAGCACAGUGGACGAGAUGACGUUCAUCGCCAAGACCUUCUACGACCUGAGGGCCACCACGCUGGAGGGCGACUCGGUGGACUUCAACGUGUUCCGGGGCCGGGUGGUGCUCAUAGAGAACGUGGCCUCGCUCUGAGGCACCACCACCCGGGACUUCAGCGAGCUCUACCAGCUGCAGAGCAAGUACCCCCAUCGGCUGGUGGUCCUGGGUUUUCCCUGCAACCAGUUUGGAUACCAGGAGAACUGCACUAACGGUGAGAUCCUGAACUCCCUCCAUCAUGUGCGUCCAGGCAGCGGCUUCACGCCCAACUUCACCAUCUUCCAGAAGUGCGACGUCAACGGAGCGAACACGCACCCGGUCUUUGCCUAUCUGAAAGACAAGCUCCCCUAUCCUGACGAUGACCCCACCUCCCUCAUACAGGAUCCCAGAUUUCUGGUCUGGAGUCCCAUCAGCAGGACGGACGUAUCCUGGAACUUUGAGAAGUUCCUCAUCGGGCCGGAAGGAGAGCCCUUUAAAAGAUACAGCAAAAAGUUCCCCACCAUCGACGUAGAGCCCGACAUUCAAAGACUGUUGAGAUUAACUAAGAGCUAAGAAUAGUCUCCACCUCCUAAUGGCUUUUCAUCCGUAACUGUCAGAGCUGGCACGCUGUCCUCCACACUUUUAAGUCUUAGUACAUGAGGGUGAUGUUCUAAAAAAUGUAAGGGAAUAUCAUCUGAGGCCCUUUAAGUUCUUAAGAGUAGUGGACGAAUAAAGUCAGUGCAUUUUCGUACUUUGUGGAAACUUAUUGUGAAAUAAAGUUAACAGGAAUUUUAUAGUAUAGUUCCAGUUUAUAUAAAUGUGGGUAUACUUGUGGAAAACAGUCACUUGGGUGUUUGCUUGUCCUUGUCUUGUGCUAACACGGCCAGCAGAUGGCGCAACUGAUUCAACCAUGCGGACAGAUAACUUCUGUUAUGCUUUUAUUAAUUAACAUUCACCACACACGCUCACAAAAUGUUUGCACUGGAAUAAAACCCUAAAAACCGAA